AUGGCGGAUAAUGUUCUCAAAACUCCUUAUCACACCUACCACCGCAAAUCGUAUGCCGCAAUUGACCCCACGCAACCAGCUCUAUCUACAAAAUCAAAAUCAGCAGUCGUAACUGGUGCAGGAUCAGGCAUUGGAGCAAGCAUAGCCAUUUCGCUCGCUAAAUCGGCCGUCUCGAACAUAGCCCUCAUCGGCCGUCGAGACAAUGCUCUUCAAAAGACCAAGUCGGCCAUCGCGGCUGUCUCCACUGACACCAAAGUCUACACAUACGCUAUGGAUAUCACCGAUCUGGCCGCGAUACAUGAAGCGCUCGAAGCGUUCUCUCGAGAGUGUGCGAGCGGCGCAAUCGACAUUCUUGUUGCCAAUGCCGGUUCUUUGGGCCCUUUGAGCUCAAUACAAGACGCAAACCCGGUAGAGUGGUGGAACGGUUUCGAAAUCAACAUCAAGGGCAACUUCAAUCUCGUCCAUGCAUUUCUGCCUCGGGCGAAUGCCGCGUCCGCAAUAGUUUAUAUAUCGUCGGCUGUCGCCCACGGUCCGUAUACACCGAAUGAAUCCAGCUACUGCGCGUCCAAGGCUGGUGCCACAAAGCUUUUCGAGUACGUGCAUCACGAGCACCCAGAGAUGUUUGUUCUCUGCUUGCAACCUGGCCUCGUGGCCGAGACUGGAAUGUCUCCUGGGUUCGAACACGUUGCGAGUGCUUUGCAGAUGGACAUGGCUAAUUUGCCAUGGGAUGAUGUCGCCCUGUCUGGUGACUUCGUCGUCUGGGCUGUGAGUCCAGACGCACGUUUUCUGAAUGGUCGCUUUGUGUGGGCGAAUUGGGAUGUCGACGAGCUUAAGGACGACAGGGAAGCGAUCUUGGCCAACCCGCAAAAGUUCACAUUAGGCUUAAUCGGAAGCUAG